AUGCCAAUAUGUAUCGAAUGCUGCUGUCCCGUUUCCCAUCUCUAUACCUCCUACAGCAAGGCCGAUGACCGCUCUCUGGGCAAGGGCGUGCGAUUAACCCAGUGUCCGCGUUGUAAACGGUUCGCGGACAAGUAUGUCGAACACGAUUUUGUGGUGCUUUUCAUUGAUCUAGUCUUGAUAAAGCCUCAGGUGUAUCGUCAUCUGCUCUUCAACCGCCUAGGGAGAUCUGAUGAUAAGUUCGAUCGCUCUAUAAUACGCCUCGGAACGUUAAUAUUGCUCUUUGACGUCUAUUUGUCCUGGGCACGGGCGGAGAAAUCCGACUCGCUCUCCGGAACACCCCUUGCUACAGCCCCAAUUGUCGUCCAAUACAUAUUCUUCCUUACGCUAAACACACUCGCAACAAUCGCUCACCACCUCACUGUCCGUCUCCUUGCUUCAUUCCUCGUCCCACGUCCACAACCCACCACGACUUCGACGAAUGACGCCCAUAACGGUGAUAUAAUCCCACCUAGUCCUACCACCACUCCGAUCCCCCCUCUCAACUCUACGAAUCUGCAAUCCCAACCUCAGAACCAAACAUCUGCCACCAACACAACAUCUAACAAUGGAGGCCUUCCACCUCAGUCGCCCUCGGUUCACCCAAAUCAUUUCCCCUCAAAUAACCUUCCUGCGCCACCCCCUCUCAUCCGUCGAUUGUCCACAUCACCUCUUCAGGUCAAUCCCAUGCCUCCUCCUUGCACUGCGUGUCCAAACUCUAUAAGCACUGCGCUUCUCGUUAGCAGUUGCACAAAGCUCUUCCCUCUCCUGCUCGUGAUCUGGAAUCCAGAAAAAAACGACACUAACAGCAGCGGUGUCGGCACAUCCCCUUCAGCAUCGGACGCAGCGACAGGAAUACUCACGAACUCAUUAACAUCUACAUUCAUGAAUCACAACUCUCCUUCCUCUUCCCCUAUAUCUAGUGCAUCGCAGCACCAGCAGUUGCUGCAACUUGCACCGUCGUCCUCUCCAUCACAUGUAUCAUCUCCAACAUCUCCCCCGCUAUCACCUACUUCCUCCUUCCUCAACCCGCUCAUCUCUCUCGUACUUUCGAUAACAAAUACCCACCUUGUCCUAUUGAAUAAUACCGAGGCGCUUUUCAUACUUCUUGAUUGUGGAUAUAUACGAGCAGCGGUACUGGCACUGAGUGGUCAGUUGGCGAGGUGGAUGGUGGAAAGGAUUCUGUUGGGAGCUCUGGGUUUGUGA